AUGUGGCACUACAACUGGACGGCUGAGUUCGCCGACAAGAACAUUGGCGAGCGCGUGGCCACCGACAUGGUUCACGACGACGUCGACUGCAGCACUGGAUACGGCUACCUCGCAGAGAUGGACAUUGCGCAGGGUUAUCCGUUCAUGUAUUCGCUGACCAAUGGAUCUCACUCGCUAAAGCAUGCAGACAAACUGAUUUCCUUUACGCACCUUUCGCCCACCAUGGAGGAGAUGCAAGCGAGGGUCGCCCGCUACGGGCCCGGCUGGAACUUUGUCAAGUGGAGCAGACGCCCUUCGUCACAGCAGACGCCAACGAAUAAGACAUCCGAGGAGGAGCUUGCUCACCUCGUGCCGACAGACGAGCCCCUUCCGCCUACGUUUGAUCAGCAGAGACUAAUAUCGGCUGACUCCAGAAUGCCUCUUAUAGGACAACCCUACAGCCGUGAUGACACAGAUGGAGAGGGCAUUACAGUAUUUGUAUUGUAUACAGGAUUCGACGUGUCUGCAAAUUUCGCCGAUUGGGGACUCACCCAAGACGACAUCAACGGUGACUGGGGUGAGGUCUCCUACACGUUGCCAAACAAUGUGGCUUUGAAAGUCGUACCACAGGAGAUGUGGUUGCCAGAGAACAUGGAUGAUGUUGCUGCCGAAAACGGCGUCAUUGUAGGGCACGGCACACCGUUCCUGAUAAAGACCCGGAAUUCAUUCCGCGAUGCCACCGGUGACUUUUACACUGCGGACACACAGGUCCAAGCUAUAGAUGCAUCUCUAAAGUGGUCAACGUCAUCAAGGAUCGAGGGCUCCAGGGCAAGGCCGUUGCCACGUGUUCUGAGUGACCUGGGGGUAGUCUAUGUCCUGGCUGCUGGGAACGGGGGUUUCGACCCAAACAACCCCAACGGGGAUCUUUCUUACAUGGCGGACACAAUUCCGAUUUCGAUGGCCAAGGCAGAUAGCAAUGUCAUCGCUGUCGGUGGCACCGACUCGCUUGGCAGAUAUUGGCCUAGGACUUCCCCUGAGGGCGAUUACUGCAACUGUCCUGUGACCAUCUGGGCACAGGCCACCAAGGUCAGGUGUGCUGGCAUAGGUGGAAUCCCAGUAGAUGUGGAUGGGACAAGUGCCGCUGCACCACAAGUCGCGGGCCUGGCAGCUUACUUCCUCCGUCUCUACCCCGGCUCGUUCCAGUGGGAUCCAAAUGGAGCGGCAGAUCAAGGCUAUCGGCACACCAAGAACCUGAAGGACCUAAUGACAGGACUUGCCUACCGCAGAGUUCCGAUGGACCAACAGCUGCCCCCAGCAGGCGUACAGUUACCAUAUCCAAUGCCAGCGGAUAUCAGGGUUGCCUACAACGGUAUCCACGGCCAACAACCCAACUGCGAUGCACCGCCCAACCCUAUCCACCCCAAAAGCGACGGUGCCGGCCACGACAGUCCAGUCACCGUCACAGACCGGGGCACCCUCGAACGGGAGCACACCCACGACUUCAAACACAUCCUUGCCCUCGAGCAUGUCCAUGAACUCGACUUCGACCGCGAGCAUGCCUAUGACUUCAAGCAUAUCCUUGACCUCGAGCAUGGCCACGAACUCGACCUCGACAGCGAGCACGCCCACAACUUCAAGCAAGUCCACGACCUCGACCACGACCGCAAGCAACCCCACGACUUCAAGCACAUCCUUGACCUCGAGCACGUCCGCGACCUCGACCUCGGCCGCGAGCAAGCCCACGACAUCAAGCACAUCCUUGAAGUCGACCACGACCACUUCGUCUUCUACCACCUCGACUUCGUCCACCAAGUCCACUUCGUCCACCAAGUCAACUUCCUCCGCCAAGUCGACUUCGUCCAGCACCUCAACCACCACCACAUCCCCAACCUCGACCAAGCCAACACCCACACCCACCCCAACGACCACUGUGAGACGGACGAGGCAUCACACUCAGUCUCCUGCGCCUGCGCAUGGGACUCAGGCUGUGCAGCCAACGCGCCCGAACCGGGCGAGUGCAACAACAAGUGCCCCAGCAAAGAAGACGCCCGCUACUGCGACACCAAGGCGGAUUCCCUAUCGUAUCCGUACGGCAACUGUGAGUGCAAGAGUUCCGAUUGCAAGGAUCCGUCCGCCUGCCAGGACAUCUACUGCCCGAGCGGCGUCGACAAGACGUGCCAGCGAAAUGAUGUCGGCUGGGGUGGUUCGGGCUUCUGUACCUGCGAGACGUGA